AUGGAAAGAAUACAGCUCCUCCUCCGGGCGCUGCAGCUCCUCUUCAUCAUAAUCCUUACGGGCCUGAUCGGCAACGUCAUUGCGAGCAACGAACGCGCCGCCUCAUCGGCCACGGCCGCCAUCAACUUCUCCAUGUUCGUCAUCGUGCUCUCAUGGCUGGCCGCACUAUUUGGGCUCGCAGUGGGCAUGGUUGAUCGCAUCUCCCUGCCAGUGCUGGCGCUACUCGGCGUCGACGCCGCCGUGACCCUCUUCACCUUUAUCGAUGCCAUCGUCCUGGCGGCCAAGCUGACCGUGGUCAACUGCUCCGAUACGAAAGAUAAGCCUGCGGACUGGAUUGCCUACGGCAGCAACGACGACACCAGGCGCUGCCGCGAAGUACAGGCAUCCACAGUCUUCAUGUGGUUCCUUUUCGCCACCUUCACGGCCGCGCUCGCCCUGACCUUUAUGGGCUUCCGUCGCGGCGGCGGGAGCGUCAGGUCUGGACCAACCAUGUCUCAGGUUAGGGUAUGA